UGUGGCACAUGACAACGAAAACACGGAACAAGACAGAAUCAGCUGACACGGCUCGCCUGCAGCUGCCGCUUUGUAUUGUUCACAGUUUACUGCCUGUUUUUAACCAGUUUGCAUUAUGGAGGACCAAGAGAUGCAACUUAAAGUCAGACGAGUGACUGACAAAUUCACGGAGAGCAUGUACGUCCUGGCCAACGAGCCGUCAGUGGCUCUGUACAGACUGCAGGAGCACGUCCGCAGGUCCCUGCCUGAGCUGGUGCAGCACAAGACGGACAUGCAAAGCUGGGAGGAACAGAGUCAAGGAGCCAUUUACACUGUAGAGUAUGCAUGCAGCGCUGUAAAGAGCAUGACAAACAGCAGCUUGUAUUUCAAAAACAUUGACGGCCUCCUCCGUCAAGCCAUCAGCAUGAAGGAACAGAUCAGUAACUCCCAAAGUCGCAGCUUAAGUGAUGUGACCCCCUUACCCAGUCCCCUUGUCUCUGCUUCACAUCCCCCAUCCACUUCCUCAUGACCUCAGCACAGAGGUGUCCAAGGAAAAGGACUAUGGACUCAGGCCCUCAUAAAGAAGGGGGAGAAAAGCACAGCUCAGGGAUGUGACGUGCCCUUCUGAGCUGCUGGUGUUGCUUCUAUGGUCCCUUACUCAACUUCCUCUUGAUUGAGCCUGAAGUAAGGUCUUAAGGGCAACACCUCCUCAUCACAAUGGAGUGGCUGCCUCCAGUGACCCCCGCCGGUGCAAGCCGCUCAGUGGAACAGAGCACCAGAGCACUGCCAGGCCUGGCAUUAAAAAUACUUCAAGUCAUGGACGCUGCUCAAAGAAUGCAUUGUUCUCUUGGACUCACUGGACGGACCAGGGAGAAAGUAGUCGAGCUGUUUUCGCCUACCCGGUUUAAAUCCAACGUUUCGCUAAUGUAUUGGACGUUGUGUUUAGAUUUCUGAGAAAGACUUAAAGUUCCCUGCAAUCAUAUUAGAAAAGUUUAACAUGUACUUAUGGUAAACAAACUAAUUUUCCAGUGUCUUAAUCAUUCAGAAUCGUUUUUUUUCCCUCCACAAUAUUGUUCUUACCAGCCAAGUAGACAGAAACUCCCAGGCAGAACAGUCCUAUAGCCACAUGUCGUAUAGAUCUGCUAUCCAAAAGGAACCAGUCUGCUCUGUGGAAUCAAAUGUGAUAGUUUAAAUAUCAUUGCACGAGCAUGUUUACACUUCAAGAUUGAUGCCUUGGUUGUCUCAUUGGUGUAUAAUUGAAGAUGAUUUAAUAAAUCAUCAUUAUUUCGAAAA